CAUGACAUCCACGAUCGAGAGGAAGACACUGGAGGCCAACGAGGAGCCGGUGGACGAGGUCCUCCAGAUGCCGCCGUCUCUGCUGACGUGCGGCGGCUGUCAGCAGAGCAUCGGGGACAGGUUCUUCCUGAAGGCCAUUGAGCAGUACUGGCACGAGGACUGCCUGAGCUGCGACCUGUGCGGCUGCCGCCUCGGUGAGGUGGGCCGCCGCCUCUACUACAAGCUGGGGAGAAAGUUAUGCCGGAGGGAUUACCUCAGGCUGUUUGGGCAGGACGGCCUGUGCGCUUCCUGUGAGAAGAGGAUCCGGGCGUUCGAGAUGACGAUGCGCGUGCGGGACAAAGUUUACCAUCUGGAGUGCUUCAAGUGCGCCUCUUGCCAGAAGCACUUCUGCGUGGGCGACCGCUACCUUCUCAUCAACUCUGACAUUGUGUGCGAGCAGGACAUCUUCGACUGGACCAAGCUCAACAGCAGCAGUAUAGUUUAGAAGAGUCUCUCUGUCCCACGUGAUGAGGCUGCCUUUCCCUCUGGCUUUAUCGUGGAACUGACGUUCAUAUGGAAUCGUUUUAAUACAAAAAGGGAAGUUACUUCUCUUCUGGGGACGAGCCGAGACUGCACCAGCAAUAACACACCUUCGUAUCAGAGGGAGCAAACAAAACUUCAUCUCAAACAUGCAAUACUAGUUAUUUCUGAUACACUGGAGUUUUUACAUUUUUAGCAUUGAACAAAUUUAUAAUUUUUUGUCACAUUUGUUGUAGUCGAACACUGUUGCAGCAUCUCAGUCUACUAUGAGACAUGAAAGUGAUCUAUAACUUAUUUUUAUAGAUAUGUAAUCGCUUCAUAUUUUGCUAAUCAUGUUGAAAAUGGGAACUUUUCCUUCAAAUGUGAGCUAUACACCAGUUUUUAUUUCUUCAUGACUUUAAUAUGCAAACGUAUUUGUUUGCCAGCAAAAUGUCAUCUUAGAAUGUUUGAUUGAUGUGCUGCAUUCAAAGCUACCACUGGUUACUUUUAAUGCCUCAUUAUACACUAUAGCACAAAUCUGAAGAAAAUCACUGAGAAACUACAGGCAUUGGAAUUAAACCUUAUGAGGUUUUCAUGAAUAGGAAGCAAAACCCAUUUGAAGAGUCAGGAUCAGACUGAUUUCUCUGCAUUGACGUGCUGCAGAGGCAGAGUCUCCUAGUGGUAGAGAGGAACCAUGCAAUAAUUAUCUCACUGACUUUUUAAAAGUUUUCAGCAUCUCUUUUGUAAAUUUUAAGCAACUUACUGGAUGUACACCCAACAUUUUGGAUAUGGACUGGUCAGUUUAUUUAAUAAA